UUCUUUAAAAAACAAACACAAAUUUUCAAAUAUACAUCACAUAGUUGUCUCUUAAUUUUGCUCACAUUGUUUUAUUUCUUAACAAUUCAUUAGUAAAAUUAAAGUCUGUUUUAUUACUUAUGACUGGUCUUAUCAUCCAUGCCAGCUCCCCCGCAGAUGCAGAUAACAACCUCCUUUUCUUUCACUUUUUUUUUUUAAUAUUGCAUUUAUUAUUAUUGUUUGGUUUGAUUUAGUUGUGAGUUAUUACUUAUUACAUGUUUUUACUUAGCAUGCCUAUUGGUGCCCCCCUCCUCUUCUCAGCACUUUAAUAAUGGAUUUCUACGACUUGGCCGUAAUAUAGCAAAAAUAGGCGACUGCAAACCCCAAGACAGCUACAAGAAGAAAAAUGAUUCAAUCCCAUUUUUAUGUUUUAUUUUUAACUAAUAACAACUCUUCUCUUCUCCCUUCAAUUCCAAUGGUGCUGCCUCUUGUUCUUCUUUAAACACUUUGGUCUCUUACUCUUUUUCCCUUUGGGCCCAUAACUUCAACAUUCCUUUUUUUUUUUUUUUUUCUUUUUUUCUUUUUCUUGCUUAUUAUUAUGGGUGAAAAGGGUGAGACGACUCCACAGCAACAAGACUAUGAUUCCUCUUCUCCUAAAGACCCACUUGAUGAUUCUUUAGAAACAAGGCCUCACGGCGGUGGCCGCCACCACCACCACCUCCAUCGCCGCCACCACCACCAUCACCACCACCAACAUCAUGAUUCCUCUCUCAUCGUUGCUACUCCUUUUAUCUCAACACCACUCUAUCUUCCCACUACAACUCCAAAUACGACGCCGUUUGAGGCUGUGAAUCCAAAGCGGACCCGGUACACGGCUGGCCAAUGGAAGCUUCUCCCAUCUCCGACCACCUCUCAACCGUCGAUACCCGUCGUUGGGAGUGACUCUAGCCCAUCUCCGUCGCAGCGUCCGGCUGGCACUUCCACUAUCGCCGCUGCGUCGUCUUCCGAUACAACAUCAUCUCCUUCUCAUUCACCACUGCCGGCGAGGAGUAAAGGAGAAGGGGAAUCUCAAAAUCAGCCACAAUACAGAAAGGGAAAGUAUGUUAGCCCAGUUUGGAAACCUAAUGAGAUGUUGUGGUUAGCUAGGGCUUGGAGAGUCCAAUAUCAAGGUGGUGGAUCAUCAGAUGAAAUUGGUGGUGGGAUUGUAGGAGGAGGUCAAGGAGGAAGAGGAAGUGGAAAAACAAGGGCGGAUAAAGAUAGGGAGGUGGCCGAGUAUCUCCAAAAACAUGGGGUUAAUAGAGAUGCUAAAACGGCAGGAACAAAAUGGGAUAACAUGUUGGGUGAAUUUAGGAAGGUUUAUGAAUGGGAAAGAGGAGGAGAGAGAGAGCAAUUAGUUGGUAAAAGUUACUUUCGUCUUUCACCUUAUGAGAGGAAACUUCAUAGACUUCCUGCCUCUUUUGAUGAACAAGUUUUUGAAGAGCUAUCUCAAUUCAUGGGCUCCAAAAUGAGAAACAAACCAACCCCACUUCUUCCUUUAACUACAUACCUCCCCCCUCCCCCUCCUUUUCGAGAUCAUCACCUCCCUCUCUCGAGUCGAGCGAAACAAGUAUUUGGGGUUGAUUAUGCUUCGGUUGAUGCAAGUGGCAAUCCGAGUUGUCAUUCAUAUGGUUCGAAGGAGAUUCGACGAAUUGGGAAAGUCCGGAUGGUAUGGGAGGAAUCAGUGAGUUUGUGGGGUGAAGAAGGAGUAGGUGAAGAGGUUAGAUCAGGAGGGAGGAUUAGAGUUGAAGGAUGUGGGUUUCUAAAUGCAGAAGAGCUAACUUUUUUUGACGAAUCAAUGGUUGCUUGCACAAUGGAAUCUUAUGACCAUGGUCCUCUUAAAGGCUAUUCUGUUGAUAGAUUCGUUUCAGGACAGCAAAUCAAAGUGUUUGGCAGAAGAAAAUCCCCUUCUACUGCUUCUCCUUUUUACACUUCCACUGCUCCUCCUCAUAGACUCCCUCUUCCUCACUCCAAUGAGCCUUCAAGAUCAAAUACUUCAUGGGAUUAUGAGGAUCCAACCGAAUACUAUGUCGGGUGUCUACGAAUCCCACCAACAUCUCUUCCGAGCUUAACGGAGCUCUCAUGGCACAUACAAGACCCACCAUCGGAGGAGCAUCGAUUUCCCGUUAGAAAAGACGUAUACGCUUACUUACCACAAGGGAAAGAGGUGAUGUUUACAACCACAACCGAAAUGUUAGAUUGCAAAUCUUUCAUUAACGAGAUGAUAUGCCCUAUCAUACGCACCAACCCUUGUAUUAGCCUCCCUUCAAGUCGAGACUCAUUCAUAAGCCUUUGGGAUGAUUGCAUCAACCGCCUUGUUUCCGAGUUUUGUUGCAUGGAAAUGCAAAUAAUUCGUAAACCCAAUAAUUAUUCCCCAUCUUCCACCACCACAGAUAAUUUGCAAGAUGAAUGGCCAAAUGUAACGGGUUUCAUCAGAAAUUUUUGUUUAUGGAGAGGUGAAGAAACCGAUCAAAUCAAAGAUAAUGGUCUCAACCCUUCUAACUCUCUAGUGGAUAAGCUUCUUUGGAGUUAUUUAGAGAUUCCUUAUGUAUUGGGAUACUAUGCAAUAGGGUAUUUGGUAACAUUUUGUGCUUUAAGUCGUGGCCAAGAUUAUAGAAUCAUUCGAACUGAUUUAUAUUCAUUAGAUUUAUCAUCGCCUAGUGAAAGACUCAAGGCUUUAGUCCCAUGUCAUAGAAUUGGUGGAAUUCUAUCUUUGUUGGCUGAGCAAUGCCAGAAAUUGGGAAUUUCAAGUGAUUUUGAGAGAACUGAUAUGGGAAAUGGUGUUAUAAUGGAAAUGACACCAAAUUUAGUCACUAAAAUUUUCUCUUGUAGAAGAAAAUGGACGGCAGUGAAAGAGAUUUAUGAUUUCUUGGAUCAAAGAAUCCCACAUUCGGAGUAUAUAAUUGGAUCAUUAGAGAAAGAUUUAGCAUUGGUUUUCAAGCCAAGGGUUUGCAAAUUGAGACCAACAAGCUAUGAACAAUUAAUUGAAGCAUUAAAGAAUGUGACCAAAGCGCUUGUGGCAUUACAUGAUUUGUGUUUCAUGCAUAGAGAUAUUUGUUGGGACAAGGUGAUGAAGAAAAGAAGCGAUAUUCAAGAUGAGGAAAUUAAUGAAGAAGAAGAUGAAACAAGAAGGGUAAAGGGAGAAUGGAUUUUAUGUGGGUUUGAAGAGGCGGUAGGAGCACCGCAGAUAUACCCGUACGCGGCGGCGAGUGAAAGACACGCGCCGGAGAUGGAAAGGGGUUUGCAUGGGGUGAAAGUGGAUAUGUGGGGAGUGGGAUUUUUGAUAAAAACUUGUGGGUUAAUUGGGAUUCCAAAGAUGUUAAUGGAGCUUCAAAAUCGGUGUAUGGAUCAGAAUCCAGAGCACCGGCCAACCGCCGCCGACUGUUACCACCACCUGCUGCAGCUGCAGUCGUCGCUGUCAACUACAACCGGAGCAGCCGGUGGAGGAGGUGGUUUGAUGUGACUGAGUAGGUGUGUGUUAAAGUUAUUAAAGAUCGAAACGUUUUUACUUUUUUGUCGUUGGAUUUUGAUGGGUUUGUUUGUUGAGAGAAUCUAAAAAUUUUUACCUUAAAAUUUUUUUAAGAAACGAAAAAGGUGACUGAAAGAGGAAGUGGGUUUCUAGUAAUUCAGGUCUUUCAGCUCAAGCUUCGAAAAAUGGCGGCUGUUUCUGAUCCUUCCCGUUUAGUUUAAUCAGAUCAAAUCAGCCAAUUUUCAGGACUGAUGUGUAAGUUCAACAGUAUUUUUUUUUUAUUAAUUUUAUUUUUUCACGCUUUUUUAGAUCACAUCGCUCCCUAUAUCUUCGUUCUAUCGAUGAGUGUGCAUUUCAUCAAUUUACACUAUUCCUAAUUUCCAGUUUUUUUUUUUUUCUCCUUAA